CCCCUCAUUCCUCUUAUAUGGAGUCAUGGAGAUAUAUUAAUUAUUGUUUAUAUUGCUCUAUUAUAUCUUGAUUAUCUUCCCAACCAGUACGCACCCUCUGUUAGAGGUUCAGAGAACCUGAGAACCUGAGACCUUUCUCUCCCUGACUCCCUGAGCUAGCUUUUGCGGUAACCUAGCUAGGGUUUACCAUGAGGAAGCCCUGCCGCGAGAAGAUGACAGAGAUGACUAAAGGAGCGUGGUCUAUCGAAGAAGAUAAGAAACUCAUUGACUACAUCCAAAAACAUGGCGAAGGUUGCUGGAAUUCUCUUCCGAAGGCUGCAGGGCUGCGUCGUUGCGGUAAGAGUUGUCGACUGAGAUGGAUAAACUAUCUCCGACCAGAUCUUAAACGAGGAAGCUUUGGCGAAGAUGAAGAGGAUCUCAUCAUCAGGCUUCAUACCCUACUUGGGAAUAGGUGGUCGCUAAUAGCUGGAAGAUUGCCUGGAAGGACAGAUAACGAGAUCAAGAACUACUGGAACUCUCAUUUAAAGAAAAAGUUACUGAACAUGAGCACUCUUCAUCCAAAUAAGCCCCGUGAGAUCAACCGUCCACCUAAUAACAAACUUGGCAAGGACUUCAAUGACAUGGACGAUGAGGUCUCAUCAGCCGAUUAUGCAGGCAUUGGAGUUAGCAGCUGUUUGGGGCCUGAGUUGAAUCUCGACCUCACUCUAAGCAUCAUAUCAUGAGCAGUUCUGGCUAGCUAAUACUUCUCCUGAUCGAAACUCAAGUCGCUUAUUUAACGUGGAAAUUAAUCUGAUAAUUACAAGCCCUAAAUCAGAUUGUGAAUAUAUAUACCGUUCCUCUCCAGGGCUUCUUUUAGACAAUGGUGCUUGGAUUGAUGGAUUCUGGGAUUGGCUUUACAUAUGACUAAUGUUGAAUAGUAUGACAAGGUACGUACUCGAUUAAAUUGUCGUUCUCAAGUGU